UGAUGGGCCCAUAUAUUGUUAGGGCUUCCUUGCUCUGCUUAACUUACUAGAAGCCACCUAGACUCUUCUGUGAUAUUCUCAAGCACUGCACAAAGAUAAAGUGGUCCUGUCCUCAAGCAGUGAACAUUUCACUUGGCUCCUUAUCUCUGGAACCCUCCUGGUCAUGAAGCUGCUGAUGAGACCCCAUGUGCUUCAAGGCCUUUGGGCUGCCUGGCCAGUCUCUGCUUCUCUUUGCCCUCAUCCUAGGAACCUCAUCACCCAACCCUUCUCAAGGACAGAAACAACACAGUGGGGAGACUAUGAAAUUCCCAAAGAGUUUAACUUUGCUGGUGAUGUGCUAGAUCACUGGGCACAUAUGGAAAAGAAGGGAAAAAGAGACCCACUCCCUGCCCUGUGGUGGGUGAAUAACAAAGGGGAUGAAGUAAAAUGGAACUUCAGGGAACUGAGUGACUUGACUCGUCAGGCGGCCAAUGUUUUAACGAAGACCUGUGGUCUGCAGCGGGGAGACCGUCUAAUUCUGAUCCUGCCCCGGAUUCCCGAUUUGUGGCUGUUGACAGUGGGCUGCAUACGGGCAGGACUUGUCUUCCUACCUGGAACAACCCAGUUGACAGCCAAAGACAUGCUUUACCGGUUGCAGAUCUCAAAAGCCAAGGGCAUUGUGACCACUGAAACCUUAGCCCCAUUCGUGGACUCUGUGGCAUCUGACUGCCCCCACCUGAAAGUCAAGCUUCUGGUAUCAGAGCAUAGCCGCGAUGGGUGGCUGGACUUUAAAACGCAGCUUAAAGCUGCAUCUAUGGACCACACUUGUGUAAAGACAAAAACACAAGAGCCUAUGACCAUCUUCUUUACCAGUGGAACCACAGGUCUUCCCAAGAUGGCCAUGCAUAACAAUGGCCUUGCUCUAAGAUCAUGUCUCCCAUCCUGCAGGCAAUUCCUGAAACUUACAAGUUCUGAUGUCUCAUGGUGUGUGUCAGACCCUGGCUGGAUUUUAUCAGUUGUGGGGGCAAUGAUAGAACCUUGGACCUCGGGAAGCUGCAGCUUCAUCCAUGGCAUGCCUCAGCAUGACCCUCAGAUCAUUCUACAGACUCUCUCCAGAUUCCCCAUCACUUCCAUGUUAACUUCUGCAUCCGUAUAUCGAAUGCUUUUACAGCUCAAUGUUUCCAGUUACAAAUUUCCAGCCCUGAAGAAUUGUGUUAGUGGGGGUGAGGUACUGCUGCCUCAGGAUUUUGCGAAAUGGGAACAAGCAACAGGUCUUGCUAUCAAUGAAUUGUAUGGACAAUCAGAAACGGGAAUAACUUGUGCGGUCUCCAGAGGAAUGAAGGUCAAGAAAGGUUCCAUGGGAAAAGUUAUUCCACCUUUUGACAUGCAGAUCAUAGAUGAGAAAGGUAACAUCCUGCCCCCAGGGACAGAAGGGGAAAUGGCCAUCAGGAUAAAACCUACUAGACCCAUUGGUCUAUUCUCCGGCUACCUGGAUGAUCCAGAGAAGACUUCCUUAUCAGAACGCGGUGAUUUUUACCUCACAGGUGACAGAGCCAUGAUAGAUGAAGAGGGCUAUAUCUGGUUCCUUGGUCGCUCUGAUGAUAUCAUUAAUGCUUCUGGGUACCGGAUUGGUCCUUCUGAAGUUGAAAACGCCCUGGCAGAACACCCAGCUGUGGCAGAAUCAGCAGUCAUCGGCAGCCCAGACCCAAUCCGAGGGGAGGUAGUGAAGGCAUUUGUGGUCCUGACCCCAGAGUUUAUGACCCAUGACCAUAACCAGCUGGCUCAGGAGUUACAGCGGCAUGUGAAGGCGACUACUGCCCCCUACAAGUAUCCCAGGAAGGUGGAGUUUGUUCCAGAUCUGCCCAAAACUGUCACGGGGAAGAUCAUGAGGAGCAGUCUCCGGAAAAUUGAAAGAGGAUUUAAUCAGUGAUCUAUUUCUGGACUCCAGCUCAGAUUCUGUCAGAACAUGUGUCUCUCUUAAGUAGAGUAAUUGUCAGAUACACAUGCACAUUUAAGCAAUUAAGCUGGAAUAAAAGAGACUGGAGCACUUGUUCUCUUCCCAGCUUUACCAAUGGCCACAAAAAGUCAUUUACAAUUAUAAUUAUGAGUAUACCACAGAUCAAAACCCCUGACGUUGUAGGAUUUUAUCUUUUGUAAUAGUUGACCAUAAUAACAAGGAAUUUCCAGUUAAGAAAAAAAGGUUAUUUGGAUCUAUAAAAAAGAGAGUUUAUCAUUAGGUCAUAUCCAUGCUAGUGUCCCCAUGCCUUAGAUGCAUUCCUUCCUCCUCUCUUUUCAUUAGAAUCUUUAGCUUUUUUCAGAGCCCAGUUCAGAUGCCACCUCCUACUUAAAACCUUUCUUAAUCUCCUGAGUCCUCUCUCCCUUCUGUUAUAAUCUUGUAUUUGCUAAAGUGUUUUCAGACAUUCCCAAAUAAAUCUAUGAGAUCCCUAUAAGAUCCUUGAGGACAGGGA